GUGAUCAUAGCAAGCAUUCCUCUUCCUCGAGGUCGUGCUGGGCAACUUGGGACAGAAUUGCGAAGUCCUUCAUGUGGGGGCUUAAAAGCCCGAAAUUUCUAGGUGCUGUUGCUCCGCGUCUUCCGCCAUCGGUAGCGCGCCUACGCAACCGAUGGCUUCAGCGAGGAGGCGCUCCCAAUGAGCAAGCAAACAAGCAACAUGAACAGACUCGGUCCGCGGUCAACGAAGUCCACGCGACCAGCGUCUCAUCUAGCGCAAAGCGACAUCCUCGCGAUGCACGCCCAUCCCGCCGCGGCUCCCCGCCAGCUGCGCAAGCAGCAUCCGCAGCGUCCUUCAUCUCCUCUUCAUCAAACAGCCCAAACAACAAUACAUACAGCAACGACGCAGAGCAGGACCUUACCCUAGACCUCGAUUACGUCCCAUCGCUGGGUCCCCUGCGCGAGGCGUUCUGCGUUGUGGCUCCGCUGCUGCUGGUAUGGGCGCUGUACGCAGCCACAGGCCGCUGGCACUUCGGGGCCCUAUGGGCAAGGGUGGGCGGUGUGGUGUUGGCCGCCUCGGCUGUGUCGCUGCUGCGGACUGCAUGGACGGAGAAACAGUACAAGGCGCGCGAACGAGCUUUUGCAGCGCUGGGAGAUGAGGACUCGCGCUUCCGGCCCAUCUUCACAACCACUGCUGCCGCUGCCACUGCUGCCACUGCUGCCACUGCUGCCACCCACCACUCGCACCACCACCACCACCACUCCCUGCUGGUGCACGUCAAGGUGAAGACCGGCGACAUCGGCGGGCUGAUAAGCCAGACAGCAGAUAACACCGGCGACGACGGGGCUCCGCUCGGUAGCAUCAAUUCACAACAGCAUGACGGCAUCAGCACCCGCAGCGACAGUGGCCGCUGUGACAGCAGUAACGGUGUCCCAGCGGACACUGUUGCAGGGCCCAGCAGCAUCAGCAGCGAUCCCGGCCCCACAGUUGCCGCCGUACACUGCUACCACGGUUUCGGAGCCAACCUGGGGUCGUACAAGCGCGUGCAGGAGCGGCUGGCGGGGGCGCUGCGGGGGGUGGUCACCGCGCAUGACAUGCCGGGAUUCGGCCUAACACAGCGUCCCUCCGACAUGUCCUCCUACUUCCUCACCUUCAACGGCCGGCUAGGUCGCCUGGUGCUGGAUUACGAGCUGGGGCAGCUGGGGCUGCUGCCGGCGGCAGGGGCAGCAGGAUCUGGAGCAGGAGGCCAGGCCGGGGAAGGCGCGGGCACAGCGGCUGAUGCCGUUGCUUCGGGCCAUGCGGUUGCGACCCCC